AUGGCCGGAGUCGUAGGAAAGUAUGCUGCCAACAAGAUGUUGCGCGGCCAGAUGGCAAAAUACCAAAGCAAGAAGCCCUGUGGCGAUGAGGACCCGUUCUUCGUAUACAUCGACGACCCACGCAAGCCCGGCAAACAGAAGAAGGUCAAGAAGACUGUUCCCGCAUACAUCCCCGAACACGAUGCCGACGUCCUUGCCAAAAUGCGCCGUCGCGCCUACAGACUGGACAUGUCACUGUUCGAAUUCCUCGGUACUCGUUUCGGAUGGUCCUCCAUCAUCGGUAUAGUGCCCGCUGCUGGAGAUGCUAUCGACGCUGCCAUUGCCUUGCUGCUCGUUAGAGGCUGCAUGAAGGUCAAGGGAGGCCUACCAAUGGACAUCCUCAUUCGAAUGCUCAUCAACGUCGCUGUUGAUUUCCUUAUCGGUCUCGUCCCAUUCGUCGGCGAUAUUGCCGAUGCCUACUUCAAGGCCAACACCAAGAACUGCCGACUUUUGGAGAAACAUCUUGACAGCCUAUACAAGCCCGAUGCUCUCAAGGCGACUAAGGGUCGCAACGGUCACCACCCUCCACCCGCCACGGCGUACGAGGACUUUAGUGACGAAGAAGACGACCGUAGA